GAGAAAAAACAGAAACACAAAAGAAAAGAAAAUCGGCCCUAAACUGAGGCUGGUUGGUUCUCUUAUUCGGAGUUGGGUUCGGACAGCUACACCGCCACAAUAUUAAGUUUCGAUGUCAAUUGAAUGAUGACUGUUAUUAGGGCUUCUUCAAUUACUGUGUUGAGAGUUAUUUAAGGGUUUAGUAAAAGAGAAAUAUGGCUCAUAGAUUGUUAAGAGAUCUCGAAGCUGAUGGCUGGGAACGCUCUGACUUUCCUAUUAUAUGCGAGUCUUGCCUUGGUGACAAUCCAUAUGUUCGUAUGACUAGAGCUGAAUUUGAUAAAGAAUGCAAGAUAUGUACGCGGCCAUUUACUGUUUUUAGAUGGAGACCUGGGAGGGAUGCGAGGUUUAAAAAGAGUGAGAUUUGCCAAACAUGUAGUAAGUUGAAAAAUGUUUGUCAAGUUUGCCUUUUGGAUCUUGAAUAUGGUUUGCCUGUUCAAGUUCGAGACACUGCUCUGCAUAUCAAUUCUAAUGAUGCUAUUCCUAAAAGUGAUGUUAAUCGAGAGUACUUCGCUGAGGAGCAUGAUCGUAGGGCAAGAGCUGGUAUAGAUUAUGAAUCUUCAUAUGGGAAGGUGCGGGCAAAUGACACUAUUCUGAAGCUUCAGAGAACAACACCAUACUACAAAAGAAAUCGAGCACAUGUUUGUAGUUUCUAUGUUCGAGGUGAAUGUACGCGAGGUGCUGAAUGCCCUUACAGGCACGAGAUGCCUAUCACUGGGGAGCUAUCACAGCAGAAUAUAAAAGAUCGUUACUAUGGAGUGAAUGAUCCAGUAGCUAUGAAGUUACUUAACAAGGCUGGUGAAAUGCCCUCACUGGAGCCGCCAGAUGAUGAAAGCAUUAAAACCCUCUAUGUGGGCGGACUUGAUGCAAGGAUCACUGAGCAGGAUCUGAGGGAUAACUUCUAUGCACAUGGUGAGAUUGAGUCCAUUAAAAUGGUGCCUCAACGAGCAAUUGCUUUUGUAACCUACACAACCAGAGAGGGUGCGGAGAAGGCUGCAGAAGAGCUCUCAAACAAGCUAGUUAUCAAGGGUCUGAGGCUGAAGCUUAUGUGGGGUAGACCCCAAGCACCAAGACCUGAGUUAGAAGGGACAGAAGAAGCAAGGCAACAAGCAGCAGUGGCUCAUGGUGGGAUGCUGCCUCGAGCUGUUAUAUCUCAGCAACAGAACCAAUUACAUCCAGCUGGCACUCAGGACCAACCUCCACCAAUGCACUACUUUAAUAUUCCACCACCCCCACAGCAGGAAAGAACUUAUUAUCCAUCAAUGGAUCCUCAAAGAAUGGGUGCCGUUGUUCCAUCCCAAGAUGGAAAUCCAACUGGGCCAACAGGAUCUGGGGAGAACAGAAAUGCAAUGGAGAGGCAGCAAGGGCACUAUCCUUAUCAAGGUAUGCCCCCGCCUCCAGGGCAAUAUCAGCAUCAGCAUUAUCCUCCAUAUGGAUUUAUGCCACCAAUGCCACCUUAUCAACAGUAUCCCCCAUAUCAUUCUGCAGCUCCGCUGCCACCAGCUACACAAGCUACCCAGCAGCAUCAGCAUUCUAUGCCACUACCCAGGACUGCCGCUGCAGGUUCUUCAAGUUCUGGACCUCCACCUCCAGGGUCCGGACCUCCACUCACAGGGUCUGGACCUCCACCCCCAGGGUCUGGACCAUCAACUUCAUCAAAGCAAUGAAACUUGGGUAUUGAUUGGAUGAUGCUUUAUUCGACAAUCUUUUUUAUCCUUUUUGAAUUGAAAGGCCUUUUUUACUUGUGAUUUUGGAUUGUACUUGUGCUUAACAUGCACCAUAAUACUGAUUUGGUGGCGCUUGUCUGUGUAAAAGUUAGAUAAUUUAUACAAUUAGGAGGCUUUUCAGUUA